AUGAGUUGUAAAGACUUAGGUAGGGAUUUGAUGCAGAGGUAUGUUGUUAAGGCUAUAACGUGGAAGCUAUACCAUUCAAGACGAAAAGCUAUUGAUCUGUUGACAGGAUCUGUUAAAGAUCAUUAUGCCAAGUUGAGGAGGUAUGUACUUGAGUUGAGUAGAGCUGACAAAGAAGGUAGGUUUGAGCUACAUGUGGAAGUAGGUGCUGUGUUCAAGGCAAUGUGCAUUGGAUUUAGUGGGUUGCGAAGAGGUUUCAAGGAGGGGUGUAGGAGGAUGAUUGGACUAGAUGGGGCAUUCUUGAAGACUUACCUAGGUGGCAUUUUGUUAUCUGCAGUACGAACUUAUGGGAAUAAUCAAAUGUAUCCUAUAGCUUGGGCAAUAGUUGAAGUUGAGAACGAGGUUUGCUGGACUUGGUUCAUUAACAUUUUAGUGCAAGAGCUGAACUUGGGUGAAGGAGUUGGAAUUACUAUCAUUAGUGAUCAACAAAAGACACAUAUAUGCCAAAUUGGAAGAAAGUCCAAAGGUCCUAAACUGAAGCAGCUUUUUCGGAAGUUGGUUAGAAGCACAUACAGGCAAGAGUAUGCCUUGGCAUGCAAGGAAUUAAAGAGUGAGGAUGGGCAAGCAUUUGCCGAUUUAAUGGCCAAGAACCCAAGCAAAUUCUGUAAGGCAUUCCUCACCACAACACAAUGCUCUGAUUCUAUUCUGAACAAUGUAUGUGAGUGUUUCAAUGCGUACAUUUUGGAGGCUAGAAAUAAACACAUAAUAGAAAUGCUUGAGGAGAUAAGAACAACGCUUAUGGAGAGGUUGUAUAGAAAGGCUGUCGAGAUUGCAUCUGCUGGGAGGGGAAAUUUCGAGGUUACUCACUUCGAUGAUAGAUUUGUAGUGACUCCUUCAAAAAGACAUUGUGGUUGUAGGAAGUGGGAUAUAACGGGCAUCCCUUGUUUGCAUGCAGUGAAUGGGGAGAAACUAUGGCCUGUUGCUGAAGUUUAUCCUGUCACCCCACCACCUGUGAGAAAGAUGCCUGGUAGACUUAAGAAGGUUAGGAGGAGGGACCCAUUUGAGAAGGAUCCGGACAGACCAAACAGGCUAAGGAAGAUAUGUGUGAUGACUUGCCAAAACUGUUUCCAAGAAGGCCAUAACUCUAGGACCUGCAAGAAUGAGAUUGUUCGUCUGCUAGAGCAACCAAAGCAAAACAAACUGAAAAAUAAAAACAUGGAAUUGCCUAUUCCUGGUCGAGCAAUCUGGAUGAAGAGGAUUAUGCGCUUGAGAUCUGACUCACUUAAUGAAUGCAUACAUCUCCAUGCUUACAACACCAUUGAUGAUACAAUUUAG